AUGCAGGCCCGUCUGUUUGCCCGCUCAACGGGUGAGCUGAGCCCGGACGGAUUCGCGCGAGCCACGACCUCGGAGCUCGUCCGGUCUUUUGGCGCCGCCGCCCACCACCGAUUCGACGGCGAGGGCGCCGAACCCGAACCGGAAGGCCGCCGUGUAUCCAUCUGGGCUCACCGCAUUGGCGUCAAUGCCCUGGCUCUCGACAAAUUCGAUGGCCGCCUCCUUCUUUCCGGCGGCGCAGACGGCUCUCUGAAGCUUUGGGAUCUUCAUCAAGAGGGAAACGCGCGUGCGUCUCACAUAUUUCGUCCCGUCGCCAAUGUCGCCCGCUCUGUGGGGGAAGGGGCUAACGCCCACAAACACGGCAUCACCCACCUCGCAUUUUACCCCUUUGAUGCAGAGGCGUUUCUCUCCAGCUCAUUCGAUCGUUCAAUCAAGUUAUGGUCCACUCAGCGCAUGACCGUCUCGGCCAACUUUGACCUGAACGCCAACAUCUACACUCACGCAACCAGCCCUGUCGCUAACCACCUCUUGGUUGCAUGCGCAACCCAACAUUCAUCAGUUCGCCUGAUCGAUCUUAGAUCCGGAUCUUCUGUUCGAUCUCUUGUGGCACACGGAGGUGCUGUUCUCUCGGCAGUCUGGAGCCCCCGUCACGAGCACGCCCUCGCCACAGGCCACGUCGAUGGAAAAGUUCGCGUGUGGGACAUCCGGCGCGCCUCUGGCUUGGUCGGCCAGCUCGAUCAAGAAGACAGUCUCGGAGUCGUACACCGCUUCGACCAUGCCGUGGCAUCUGGACUUGAUUGGAACCAUGUUCCUCAUUUCCGCACCUCGGCUCGUGCACACAACGAAGGCGUGAACGGCUUGGUAUGGACCGACGACGGCAAGUACAUCGUGUCAGCCGGCCUCGACCGUCGAAUCCGCGUGUGGGAUGCCGCUACAGGCGCAAAUACGCUUGCCAGUUUCGGCUCCAUCGUACAAAACCGACAACCCAAGACGGUCGAUAUGUUCGUCACGCCCGCCCGGCUGACUCCGAUACGUCACGACCUCCUGUUUUACCCAAACGAGCAGGAGAUAUUGGUCUUAGAUCUUCACGAAGGCACCUUGGUAUCUCGCUUACGUGUGCCUGGGCUGUCCCGAGCGGCUGCAAGUCAGGGCAGUGGCAGCGGUCUAAACGUGAAAAACCGGACCAUGAGCAUGGUAUGGCGUGGCAGCGGUGGCCAUGGGCUUCACAACGGCCCCGUGAUGGGUGGUGGGAGUUCCUUUGGCGCAGUCUACACCGCUCACUUGGACGGCCAGAUACGGCCCUGGAUGCCACUGUUGCCCGGAUCCGAUGAAGACGAUGCAGCCCCUGAUCCCCAAGAUGCAGACGAGGAAGAGAAAACACGCAAGCGCAAAGCCCUCGAUGAUGCCUUCAGAAGUUUAAUGGGCAGACAGGUUACAUUCAACUGA